GACGUCUAUAUGAUCAUCGGCAUGCUUAGAGUACACGUUCGCAAGUUCUUGUGAGAAGUGCUGCAGAAGCAGAAAGAUGACCAGCACAUACGGCCGUGAAAACUUCGUGGAGGGGACGUGGCAGGAUUUUUGGGGUGUGAGAUUCAAGUGGUCGUCCAAACAUCUCACACCAAAACAGCUUAAACCGUUAACCUAUUCGUACGACAAAAUUGCCACAGAUGCCGUAGACCGUUUACACGAGAUAGCAAGUCUCCCAGAUACCAAAACCCCACCCCCGGAUGAGGAGACCGAGGAGACGGCUAAGACAAACGGGGGGAAGAAACCACGAUGGGAUAUGUACGGCCUGAUGAAAGAAUACGCUUCCAAUGAUGAGACGAUUGGGAGGUUAUGGAACGAAGUCCAUACGAUUCCAGAAUGGGUCGAUUGGGAUCAGAUAGAAAGAGGCCAGAAGAUAUUCUGGCGGUACGGUGGUCCAGCUAUUAGCACAUUAACAUUUCUAUCGCUAUUAGGUGGCAUGGGUAGCGCCAGGACAGUCGAAACGCUCGACCGUACAGGAGGCUUCGACGCAAAGGUUGUGCGCCGCCGUCUUCUCGAGACAACGCAACACACUCUCAAUGUCCAUCGAGAUCUGAAAUCCAUACAACCGGGCGGUGAUGGCUUCGUGAAUUCAGUGCGGGUUCGCCUGCUUCACUCCACCAUUCGCCGACGAAUUCUACAAAUGGCAUCACAGCGCCCUGGGUACUACAACAUAUCCAAGUAUGGCAUACCCAUCAACGACCUAGACAGUAUCGGCACGAUCAACACGUUCUCGACAACCAUGAUCUGGAUGGGUCUCCCGCGCCAAGGGAUAUACAUGCGUCGACAGGAGAUCCUCGACUAUCUCGCUCUCUGGCGGUACAUAGCGCACCUCAUGGGGACGCCGCACGCCUGGAUGGCGACUCCCGAGUCCGCGCGGAGCAUGAUGGAGUCGCUCGUCAUCUCCGAGAUCCGGCCCUCGAAGGCCUCGGCCAACCUCGCGAACAACAUCAUAACGGGGCUCGAGCGCCGCCCACCAACAUAUGCCUCGCGCGAGUUCAUGUGCGCGCAGACGUACUGGCUCAACGGCAGGGACUUGGCAGCGAGUCUCGAGAUCGAACGGCCCAGCGUGUACUACUCGGCCCUCGUCUUCGGACAAUGCCUUUUCUUCGCGACCCUGAGCUACAUCAACCGGAGCUUCAGCUGGCUCGACGAGCGCAAUAUCAAUCUCGUUCGAAGAGUCUUCUACACUGUGCUCCUAGAAGAUAAAUCGAAGGGAGGGCUAGGGUACGUGAGCAGAUUUUCCUUCAAGUAUAUCCCGGCGUUUGACAGGAUGUCCACUGAGCGGGGUGUCGCCACCGCCGGGUCCGUCAGUAGGCCGGGGAUCGAACGCACGGCUCUGCUCUCCCUGAUUUCUUUUUCGGGGCUCGCUUGUGUCUGCGCUUGGUAUGCUUUCAAGAUGCUUAUUUGGAUAUUCGGAGAUUUGUUCUAAUGAGACUAUUUGCUUCUGUUGCAAAAGGCACUACUCAUGCGGACUACAUAAAGAAAUCUAGCUUGGCACACCCUCUACUAGGUAGAAUUCUCUAACCUACAACAUCA